AUGCUGAGAAGUUUAACACGUUUGGGCGCUGCCACACGCGUCGUUAGAAUCCAAUGCCCAUCGUUUAGCACAUCGGCUGUCAGUAAUGCUAACGUUGGUGUAAUAGGAGCCGGGCAAGUUGGGCGUGCUGUAGCUCUUGGUCUCCUGAGGGGCGGGCACAGCGUGUCUGUGACGGAUCCAAGUACCCUGAACGCCAAGGAAUUGACCGAGCAAGGAGCAAAAUGGGUGGACACCGCAUCAGAAGUCGUGGCUGGGAAAGAGGUGGUGAUUACAGCUUUGCCAGCUCCACCUCACAUAAGGCAGGUUAUGGAGGAAGAGGGCGUCCUUUUUAAAAUCAAGGAAGGCGCCUGCUGGAUCGACCAUACCACUACAGACGCCGACGAAACUAAGCGCCUUGCAGUCAUAGCUCAGAACAGGGGAUUGAAAAUGCUGGAGGCUCCGUUAACGGGUGGCUUAGAGCUUUUAAAAGCUGGACUCAUGACAGUUUUUGUUGGCGGGGACACCGAAGACAUGAAAAAGUAUGAGCCACUUAUUAGGUCAUAUACAGAUACUGUGUUGUAUAUGGGUCCGAUAGGGAGCGCAAGCGUCGUCAAGGUUAUCAGCAACAUGUUGUGUGCCGUUCACAUGGUUGUGGCAGGAGAGUCAGCUAUGAUAGCCAAGAGGCACGGAAUCAACCUGCAGGCUUUCUUUGAUGGCAUUCGUGCCUCGGCUGGGAAUUCCUUCGUCUUCGAAACUGAAGCUCCUCUCAUGUUUAACGGGUCCUUUGAUCCAGGGUUCAAAAUAGCACUGCACUGCAAAGAUCUUGAUCUUGGAAGGAAACUAGCGUUUGACGCCAAAGUCCCGAUAGAAGUUUUGGGGCUGGUCGAACAAAUCUAUCGACGCGCCAUGCACAAGUAUGGUGAGGAUGCAGGCAGUUCUCACCCACCAAAGCUCUUGGAGGAUGAUUUGAAAGAGCCGCUUCGUCAGGAGGGAUAUGAUAACUGGUAUUACACUAUUGAAAAAGUACAAGGUGGCGGGAUUGCUGUGGUGCACAAAUUUGAUAAAAAAUAA